UUAAAACUGGUGUCAAACAUACACAGCAUAAACCGUGGCAUAAACAGGAAUGACGGGGCCGGGGAAAGAAAUUUUUACUGGGCCUCAUGUUCGUUUUGUCAACAGUGUCAUGUCUGUUAGUGUUACUGAGUUUUGAUCUCCGUGCCCCCGAAAACAAGACAGACAGUGCAUCUUGGAAUGGCCUCGGACGAAGAAAGUGAUCUAGAAGAAUUGCUUGGGCGUGUUUCUAAGAAGCUUGGCUGGCAAAACAUUCAACAUGUUCAAGAAAAAGAUGUGAAACUGAAAACAAGAUUCCGCAAGCCAUCUGAAAAUUCAGGUCACAGGAAUAAGAAAAAGUCAGUCAGAAAUAGCUCCAAGAAAGUACCUCGGAAAUCAAAGAAGGAUACCAGCUCCUCAUCGGACAAGGAAAACGGUGUCAAAGGCCCUGACCAUGACUACCGCUCUUCAUCCAAAAGCAACCCACAAGCUAACGCCAACUGCAGGGUUCCCUCUGAUUUGUUUGCCAGUCCUUGCAGUGCUCUGGCAGAAAAUCCCAAGUGUGUUGAAAGGGGGAACAGUAUUUACAGCACUGACAUCUCAAAGGAAGGGGGAAAGAUAGAUUAUGAAAAGGGCCUUGACUUGAAUAACGGUGUGUCAGAGUCAAAUGUGAUAGCACAGAGUUAUCUUGUUGAGCCUACAAGAAACCUACAAGGAAGUGAGGUAGCUGUGGAAUUGAAUGACAGGGACCCAGUAAGUGACAGUAAACAUGAGGAAUGCCUGCAAAUAUCAAGUGAGACAGUGUUGAAAGCAGAUGAGAAUGUGACAGAUGUCUUCAAUUCAGACACAUUUGAAAAUGCAUCAUCUGUGUCAAGUGAUGUUGAUGACUUGGCUAAUGACACUUCUCAUGAACCUUCAUCUCCAAUUCCAAAAGACAACACUGACGACCUGGACAAACCAUUCUCACCAUUUCAAUGUUAUUCAGAAACCCUCCAACCCAUGAAAUGGCUUUUGACCCCUCCCCCAAAAGAGAAUCAGUUCAAAGCCUCAUUAAAGUCAGCAGAGAAGAUCAGCAUGGUGGCAGUCAGCGAUUCUGAAUCGAAUUCUUCCUGUGAUCUAUAUGCUCUGAAUUGCAGAAAGGAUAUAAUUUCAUCCCCUAUGAAAGAGACGGAAUUGGAGAUACCAAUUUCACCAUCACGUUGUGACUUGGAAACCCCAAAUUUUGCUCACGAUUCAUUCAAAGCCACACAAUCUGUUGAGCAGACUAUUACAGUUAACAACAGUGUCUUGGAUUCACCAGACAAUUCUUUUGGGCAGAUAAUGAGCCUAACUGAGAGACUGUCCAAAAAUUUCAAGAGACAAAGAGGGCUUAGUAGGCCAUCGGAGAAAGAGGGCUUGGAUACUGGUUCACCAACAAAGCACAGGACCAUGAAUGAAGAUACCAGAAUUCUGAAUGAAGUCAGAGCUCCUGGAUAUGUUAGCAGUGAGGAUGAGGAUGAGGAUAGAGACUUUGAACAAUUUCUUCAGGCAAUCAAAACCCCACACCACGAACCUCAUUCUGUUCAGACACCAAACCCAAGUCGGGAUGAAGAGCAGUAUGAAGAUUCGUUUAUUGAUGACACUCCAAUAGAGAGCAGAGACAGUGAUGAGGAUGUUUAUUACUACCGACACAUUAAUUCUGACCGGAAGAUUUUCAGCAACAGAAAGAAAGAACUGGAUACAAAGCCAUCAUCUACUCCCCAGAAAUAUCGCCUUCCAGAGUUCAGUGAUAGUGAUGAUGCCGACGACAGUGUCUUUGCCACUCCCAAACCGCCUGUAGUGAGAGUCCCCAAACCGAGCAUCUUGUCAUCAAAAAAGUUGACACAUGCCGUCAAUCAGGAAAGGUACACACCCACCAGCAGUAAGACAGACUUCCUGUUUUCUCUGUCCACCCCCAAAGAUGGCUGCCAUUCCUCCUCCCCCUACGUCAACGACUUCAAGAAUCACAGAGAUGUUUUAACGAGGAAGCUGUUCAUCUUGUUCAAUAAAACUGUGUUUGACAAUAAGCUACCAUCAGACUUCAGCAUCAAGUGGAACAAUCGCAUGCGCAAGACAGCCGGCUUCUGUUACUACACCAAGACUAAAGUUGGCGGGCUGUGUAGUGCUCGCAUUGAGUUGUCUGAGAAAGUCUGUGACACUGCCGAGAGACUCCGCGAUACAUUAAUCCAUGAGCUGUGCCAUGCCGCUUGUUGGAUGAUCAAUGGAGUCAAUGAUGGACAUGGGCGAUUCUGGAAAUACUGGGCAGCUAAAGCCAAUCACGCCCAUCCAUCCCUUCCAAUCAUUAAACGUUGUCACAGCUACGAGAUCACCACCAAAUACAAGUACCAGUGUGUCCGAUGCAAAACAACAAUUGGACGUCACUCCAAAUCCAUCAACACAGACAAAUACUGCUGCACGUACUGCAAAGGGAACCUGGUGCUUCUGCCCUCGCUCAACAAAGACGGAAAAGUGUCCAAGGCACGAACUCCCAACAAGUUUGCCUUGUUUGUGAAGGAGAACUACGGGUCCAUGAAGAGGAAUAACGCAUCCAUGAAACACGCAGACAUCAUGCGGCUUUUAAGUCAAGAUUUCUCCAAGAAAGCAACAAUUUCUGUUUGACAAACCUAAUAGGAAGGAACAAAAUUCACUUGUUACUUAAACUCACGGCCUACGAUUUAAGGGCACUGGGUUAGGCAGAUUUGUAAAAUGGCCUCACAAGUAUGUCCAAAUGGGUCCAUCGCAUUUGCACCAUGAUAUCAUGCAUAGAAAUAUUUUACUUCAAAAUUGCUUGCUCAAAUUCAAGUUACCUCAGUUUUAUAUGCCUGUAGUCAUUUGUGUCUCUGCACAAGUUUCUGUAUUGAAAAGUGGUUCUAUUUAUGUUCACAGUCUUGUCUCCAACACAGCGGGCAUGAGCAAAUGAACACACUCUACUACGCAUAGUUUUCCUAUUUGCACAAAAUUUCCAUGAACUGUGUGGUCACAGAAGGCCCAUCAGUAACCAAAAAAAAUUAGGGAGUUUCUUAAAGCCUUGAAAUAUCUUUUUUCAGUUUGAGGCAUUAGAAUUUUUUGUUUAGUAUUUUCACUUUUUCUAGGAUAUCAGAUACAGUCCUUGGAUCAUGGAUGCUAUCUAGUUUAACAAAGGGUAAGAUUUUAUCAAACUUAAAAUAUCAUGAGUUGUAAAACUAGAAGAAUUCAGUGAGUGGUGUUAAUAAUUUUUUUCUAAUUGCAGUUUAUUUCAUUAUAAGUUAUGGAACGGUUAGAGGUACAGAGUGUAUUACAGUGUACGUGUACAUUUGUAUUCUGUAUGUGUUAUUUUUCUUUCUUUUUUUCGGAGCUGUUGCUGGUUUUAUUUUUUCCGUCAUUGCAAAUCACAGUAUACUCAAAUUGUGAAUUACGUCGGAUAUGUAUUUCAAAUCUCAGAUAAAAUCAUGACACUUUUGCAUGGCCAUUCAUUUGCUUUGUUUAAUCUUAAUCUCCGGUUAUUGUCAUGCUGUUUAUGGUGUCAUCACUGAAAAGGCAAUUUUAAUCUUGAGAAUGACAACAUGGAAUCUUUUUUCCUGUGCCCUCAACAAACUGCUUUUUUAGUUUCAUAUUGAUUUAUGAGUUCGAGUUAAUCUGCACCUUAAUUAAUAUAAUCAUAUUAAUUGUCCUUAAUGGAUUUGUUUAGACAAGUCAGUUUAAAUGUUUAAAAAUAAAUAAAAGAUAUAUAUCAUAAAUAUCAUAAAGAUGUCGUGUUGUGGUUGUGUUUCCAUUUUGUUUAUUUUUUUUGUUCUGCUGCAUAUUUAUAUAUCACAAGACUUUUUAGCGAUACCUCUAACCACCAAGUUAACUUCUGAACCAUUCUGAUUAAGUACGAACAACUGUACGGAGUUACGAAAAUGUGUUCACCUAAAAAAAAAUGGAAUGCCAGCUGGGCCUGUAGGUCCCUGUGUGUGGAAAAAGUUGUGCACUUUAUUUUCAUGCCAAGAGAUCUUUUAGAAGAGAGGUGAUCAGUUGAUCUUGUGCCCUAUUUUGGGAGCCUCUACCCUUGUGUUAGAUAUGAAACAAAUAAUUGCUUGAAUUAGUGUGGUUUUGACAAGACGAGAUUUAGUGAGAUAAUGGAAUCUUUUAGUCCAAGGGGUUUUAUGUAGGUUUGC